AUCCCCUUGUGAAACAACAGAAAAGAAUCAAAAGAGUCAAAUGAUAAUUCAAAAUGUUUCAGAAAAAAAGCAGAAGAUCAAUAAAGGAAAACAACCAGAAUCAAAAGCAACUAAGAGAUAUGAUGACAGAAGU